CGUAGAAAUUUAGAAUGGUAUUGUCGAGUCCGUCAGCACAGAAGAUCAGAGAAGAGAAGAGUAUUGAAUGUCGAUACUGUGGGAGAAGAGCGAGACAUGGAGGUGGCUGGUGAGGAGGACAAAGGAGUCGAAGCCCUUCUUCGUUACGUUCGCCACCAUAUGCGGCGUCGUCCCCGGGAUUAUCGGUUACGCCGUGAUGCAGCUUACCAACUCUCGCAACCCUGAGCUCGAAGCCCGUCUCCGCAACAAUCCCCGCCCAGAAACAAUCAUGAUGGGGAAAGCAAAUCGAGAGAGACUGGCAGAAUACCUUGGGGAGCUGCAGCGGAAAGAGGAUACAAAUGACCGUUAUGUUGCUGCUCUGAGAGGAGAAACGUUGACUAGAAACCCUUAUGUGAGAAUACAACCAAUCCCUAAACCAAGCGACACUGGGGCUGAAAAGGAGCAAAAGACCGAGAAGGAACAAAAGUAGAUGAUGAGGUGGGUCUACUGAUGAUGUGAAGGCUUUCUGUUUCUGGGUAUGUUUAGGUUGUCAUUGGAUGAGUAAUGGAAGGUUUCACUCUUUCUGAAUGAUAUUCAACAUCUUUUCAUUGUGACAAGACAAGUAAUUAAAAUAUUUGUCUUUUGAUGUUAUUCAGCAUCUACUGGGGUGUGUGCUUGUUCUGUAAUGUUUCAUGAUAUGCGAGAACUUUUCCCUUCCAAGGUAUAAUAUAUAAAAUUAGAUCUA